AUGGCACUCUGUGAUCAUGCUACCAGUGCAUGGCAAGAUGGAGAUCAAUCAAUCAUGCAUCCAUCAUUCCCCGAUGAUCCACUUCCUUUGUGGGUCUUAUCAUUCUGGGUGUCCAUGUCUCAUGCACUUGAGCAUCAACGCGAUUGGCGUGACUGUGAUGAGUUGGAAACCAUCGACAACAUUUUAGAUGUGAUAGAGCGUCUUCCAUGGGAUGUUCCGCUCAAGGGAGUUGGCACUCAGACUGACCUAUCUACUAGUGGGCUACGGCUGCUGUUGGCAUCAGGCCCAAUUGGUGGUCGCCUCAUGGAUACUAUGAUUGCUGUGGUAGUCGAACGCAUGCAAGCAUCUCAAAAUGCAGACCUUCGGACCAUCUGUGUCGAAUCCCUUGUCCUUAUGGAUGCACUUCAUCUUGGCGAGAAGCAGGCUUGGCGUUAUGUGAAAGGAAGACUUCAGCGUGUCCUCUUUCCUGUCAAUAUUUGCGACAUCCAUUGGGCUGCUAUUGAGGUCAAUGUGAUCAACCGAACCAUCUCAUACGCAGAUUCUCUUGGGUGGGAUUGGCCCUCUCAUGACAUUGACACCAUUCAUCAUUGGCUGGGCCACCACGGCCUCUCUGGAUUUAGUAACACAAGUGCACUACAGUGUGGUCAACAGCUGGAUUCGUUUUUGUGCGGAAUUGCAGCCAUCAAUACUAUUAAGCAUGCCGUGUUUCGUGAUCCCUUGUUCAACAAUAACGAAGCAUUCUCCCUCCGCAUGGAAGAGUUUUUGGAUCUUGCUUAUGAUCAUCUUGAGCACUCGGUUCCUGGCGACAGCACAGAUGUGGAUGAUGGCAGUGACUUCGAGCCAGAAGAGACUCCGUCAGAUACAGAGAGCGAACACGAGACUCAGCCAUCUAUCUCCACCCCUGCCAUCAUCCACGCAAACUAA